AUGGGCGGCAUGUUCGAUUUCAUGCCGAAACAGAGGUGGCGGCGUGCCGGGAUUUUCAAUCUUGGUCUAAUCUUUCUUUACGCGAUAAUUCUUCUUAUUUGUCUUGCCGUAUCUCUGUCACGGGGUUCGUCACUCUAUUCAACUACUAUUGUCUAUGAAGGGAUCUGCCAGGAAACGAAUCGCCUUGACCUUGUCUUUCAUUUUCUACUCAAUCUCAUAUCUACUCUCACUCUAGCAUCAUCUGGGUUCUUUAUGCAAAUACUAAGCUCGCCAUCCCGCCAAGAGAUAGACCGUGCCCACCAGCAACUCAGAUCGGUAGAUAUCGGUGUCUCGCCCAUCAAGAAUAUUCGCUUCGUUUCUCUAGUGAAAUCGUUAGGCUGGUUUGUCCUUUUCGCGAGCUCUAUACCGAUCCACCUAUUCUUCAACAGUUCAGUUUUCAAAACAAAUUACCAAGGCUCAGAUUGGAGACUUACUAUUGCAUCGAGUGGUUUUGGUGCCGAAGGAAUUGAAUUCUUCCCACCUGGGGCUAGCCUAGCGAAUGCUGGAGUUCCAUGCCCAGGGUUAGAUGAGCUAAAGUCCAAUGAUUCUCACUGCUCAUUCGGCAACAUGGAGUAUGGAGAACAUGUAAACCUCACAGAAUAUUGGAAUAAGUCAUCUCAAGUAUAUCACAACAUCACAAACACCGCGAUGGAGCUCAAGAGUUGGUACAACAUGACGCCCCAUGCAUGUCGAGAAGAAUACAGUUCUUGUAAGCCAAGAAGGUCAUAUAAAGAUGUGGUCGUUGUCGUAGACACUGGUACUGACAACCAAAAUGGAUGGACGCGAUCACAAGUUUUCAGCGAUCCGGAUAAUUAUUUGGGGCCGGUCUGGGAUUCUCAUAUACCACAAAACGACAUUAAUUCCUUGUGGUACUCUACACAAUGCAUGGAUUGGAUGCCUACAUCUGUGAUAGACACUGAAGGCGUUUUAAAUUGCGCCAAUACCUGUCAAGUGGCCCUUGGAAUUAAGGGGUCCAUGCUAUCGAACAUAUCUUAUUCCGAAUCCAAUUGGACGAUCACCACACCGGAAGAGUACAUGCCUCCCUGUGUUGCUACAGAGCAACAGAAGUUAGGCUACAAUGAAAAAUUUAGGGAAUUUGACGUAAAAUAUUGCCUUACUCAACCAUCAGCAGCACAUAAGUGCCAAAUCAGACUAUCUAACCUCCUUCUACUCACUACGAUAAUAUGUAUCUUAUUGAAAGUCGGCAUCUGUACAAUAGUCAUCUAUUCCCUCUCUCAGGUAUCAUUAGUUACACUUGGAGACACGCUGGAAUCUUUCAUUACGAAUCCAGAUACUGCAACAAUAGGAUUGGGGACAUUCGAUAUCCACGAUAGCCAUCGGCUGCAAUUUGGGACACGCGCGAAUCUAGGACCUGAUGAUCCAACAGACCUUACCGAAUCGGUAGUGCCUCGUAUAUGGCACAGAAAAGCCAAUAGACUUGUAUCAGCUCUUCCGAAGUCUACCUUAUCCGGCAGCUACGUUCCUAUCUUUCUAUUCAUUGGUGUUGGCGGCUAUUUCGCUUCUCAAAUAUACCUAUAUGACGGGUUGAGCUUCAAAGGAGCCUUUGGAGAAUCCGACUCUCCCUAUUUUAUAAGUGAUUAUAUCAGCGAAUAUGGGUUUUUGACUACUCUAAUACUCGCCAAUAUACCGCAAUUCAUACUAUCAUACUGCUUUCUUUCAUAUUCCUCUAUGUUCUCUCGCCUGCUAGCCGAGAAAGAGUUCAAUUCAUUCGGUAUCACACCACCAAAACCACUCCGUGUAUCGUUUCCCACUGGCGAACAAAAUUCAACGUAUUGGCUUCAGUUACCGUAUACUUACAGCUUACCUCUACUCACGGUUAGUACACUACUACAUUGGUUUGCGUCAAAUUCCAUAUUUAUAUUUGUUAGCCAAGGAGGUUAUUUAACAGACUUCUACGAUACCUCUCAGGAACGCAAUUACGAUUGGGGAUUGCCUCAAGAUGCAACUGCUGUCUUAGCAUUAUCACCGCCUGCAAUCUUAGCAUUCUUUGUUACAUGUAUAGCUAUAGUAUUUAUCCCUAUUCUGUAUGGUCUCAGAAAGCUCCCGGGAGAUAUGGUUGUUGGGGCAUGCGACUCCUUGGUACUCUCAGCGGCUUGCCACUCGUACAUAUCAACCACUCCUCGUCAAGAGCCUUCAAUAGAAGAUGUUAACUUGGAAAAUUAUAAUGAGAUAGGCGAUACAGAUGAGCAACGAUCUCUACGCGAACUCUCGAGGAAGAAACUUUUAUGGGGCGUUACAUCUCUGCCUUUAGGUCUAACUACGAUGAUUGGGAUAGAGAAAGAGGCGAUGCAUUUGGGUUUCUGCGGUGGAGAUGACUAUCUGCAUGGGCCUGUCGAUGGCGAACAGUAUGCAUAA